CCUGCGGAGAUCUCCAGACGACAUUCCAAACUGCAUUUCAUGCCCCUGCCAUGCCCACCGUCAUCCGCUCGACACCUCACAAAGCAAAACUUGGACCCGUCAAUGGCGUCCAUGUCAUCGCACGCCCGGGAUCUUCUGCGACCGACCACUCCCUAACCGGCCAUCAGCCGAUUAACCGCACUCCCAGUGCUGAGACACAUGUGUGGCAUCUUGCAGAAUCUGGAUGCAGUUGAUCAGGGGUCAAUCAACCUCUCCUUUCGUGCCAUGCAUGAGCUAGCCCUGCUUCAUGGACCAUUGAGAAUGGAGCUCUCGGCAAGUAAACAAGAUCAGCAAGAGAGACCCAGGCCUCGGUGAGACCACCGGUCGCUCUUCUCCAUGUAGACCUAGGGCUGCCUUUGGGAAAGCUGAGAAGAUCACUGUGCCGCAUAGCUGGGUAGGGUCUCGUAGGUCAGUAGGUCUUAGAGGCCAUCAGCUUAGAUUACAACACCAGCAGGAAUCUCUUAGCUUGAACACCGUCUUUAACCUUUUCCCUUCAUCACAUCCUGCCGGUGCUCUUUUCGCCUUUUUUUGUUACCACCUCUUGUGGGUUGCUUGCAGUUGCCGCUAUAAGAGGUCUGCCCGGCUCUCAUCUUAUUCCCUUCUCGUCCCCGUUCCGAAAGCCGGCGACUGGCGGUGUGAGAUCAUCUACCUUGCAACCGGUUUCUCUUCCAUGGAGAGCACGGAGCUGAAAGUGGAGAUGGUGGCGCUGCAUGAGAAGCGGGUACGGAAAUGCCUGUCCAAAGUGAAAGGCAUCGAGCGGGUGGAGGUGGAGGCGAGCCUGCAGAAGGUGGUGGUGACCGGGUGCGUGAACCGGAGCAAGAUCCUCAAGGCGCUCCGCCGGGUGGGGCUCCGCGCCGAGCCAUGGGCGCCGCACAACGAGCUGCUCAGCGCCUACGCCACCACCAGCCUCAUGUCCAAUAACUCCUACAGCUUCUUCUGAACCGUCCGGCCGGAUCCGGCGGUCCUUCGCUGUUGCCUUUUGGUUUCUUUCUUUCUUUCGUUCUCUGCUUGCUGGGGUUUGGGAACGGGAAGGCGUUCCGCAAUGUAUACAGAGAUGAGAUGGCAUUUUUUUUUUCUCUUCCUUUGGGUACGGUGUUGAGUGGGGGAGACAGAGUGGUGGUGGCCGACGAGGCGGCAGGGAGAUGUAAAAUGUAUUGUUCUGCAGGCAAGGAAUCAAGCCGGUGCCUUGCAUGA